UUCGUUUUUAAUAAUUAUGUCACAUCUACAAAAAAAUUUUAUUUUACGUGUAAGUCCAGUCAAUACUAGUUUUAUUAGAAAGAUAAAGACUUAUUUUUCGAAAAAAUCAAAGAAUUGGCAAAAGAAAGCGAUUGGUGCCUUUGGAUUAUUAAUUGGAGGAACAGGUGUUUUAAUAUGUACAUUAAACAGUUCUGUUAGAGCAUCUAUAUUAGAAUUGCAUCCGCCAAAAAAUAGAUGGGGACAUCAAGGACUAUUUACUGCAUUAGACCAUGCAAGUAUCAGAAGGGGCUACGAGGUCUACAAACAAGCAUGCAUUUCCUGUCAUUCCUUGAGGUAUGUGGCUUACAGACAUCUAGUAGGAGUGACUCAUACUGAAGCAGAAGCAAAAGCUGAAGCGCAAGAGCAGAUGAUAGUAGAUGGUCCUGACGAAGAAGGAAAUAUGUACGAGAGACCAGGAAAGCUAUCCGAUUUCUUCCGUCCUCCAUAUCCCAACGAAGAAGCUGCUCGAGCUGCUAACAAUGGGGCAUAUCCUGCAGAUUUGAGUUACGUUGUUCUUGGUAGAACACACGGCGAAGACUACGUGUUUUCUCUUCUUACUGGCUACUGCGACCCUCCAGCAGGAGUAGUGCUCAGAGAUGGACAGUACUACAACCCAUACUUCAUAGGAGGGGCCACAGCCAUGGGACCACCACUCUUUGAUGACUCGGCUGAAUAUGCAGAUGGUACACCGGCCUACGCAAGCCAGUUAGCAAAAGACGUAACCGUUUUCCUAAAAUGGGCAGGAGAGCCAGAGUUUGACCAAAGACAGAGAAUGAUGGUUAAACUUCUAACAGCGGGCAGUAUGUUGAUGGUCGCCGUGUGGUUUAUGUUCAGGUUCAGAUUCAUGACCCUCAGAGCCAGAAAAUUUCAGUAUAGACCUAAAGGCGAUAAGCACAUAUGUGACAAACAUUAAUAGAUAUUUUGAUGGGUUUAAAGGACACCGCAUACAUCUUAUGGAAAAUAUAAUGUCACCCAAAUUCAAUAAAAUUUACAUGAAUAGAUUCGUCUCAAAUUAACGUUCAAUUCAUAUCAUUGCGUCAACUCUUAAUUAUAAUUUGUCACGGCGCAAAUUUCAAUUAAAGUUUAUCGAAAUCACAUUUUUGAAGUUCAUAAAAGUGUCAGUCACAAUCAUUAUUACUCUGGACGCUAUUCAAAACAGCUUAAACCCCGCGGGACCUAAGCGGAUUAGUGAAACUAAUAUAACAAGAGGCUUAAUAGCCGGAGAAGAUUUAUGGAUUACCGAUAAUUUGGGUAUUUUAAAAUAUUAUUUCUCUCUCUAUCUUACGUACGUACCCAUUUGAUUUCAGAUUUAUUUAUAUCAAUUUAUGCGCUUAUUAUUAAAAAUUCAGAGUUGGCGCAAUGAUAUGAAAUUACCGUCAAUUCGAUACGAAUCUAUUUAUGUAAAUUUUACUGAAUUUGAAUGACAUUAUAUUUUCCUUAAGAUAUGUGCGGUGUUCUUUUGAUAUAUUUUAAGGCACGUACCCACUAUGUUGGCACUCCGCGCUCCUGCAACUGCUCCACAUAGUGGAUGCGUUCGUGCUGCCGGCCCGUACAACAGUGCGCGCUCCGCCUUGGUGCUCCAAUCGGUUGCGUUUUUUAUGUAGAGGAGCGCAUGCAGUAUCGAUUUAAACAGUUGCAGGGAGCGCGAACUGCCAACCUAGCGGAUACGUGCCUUUACGUUGUGAUAUUUAUGAUGUUAUUUAUUCUGUUUAUUUUUAGUUUGUUAUUUUAUCUAUUUUGUUACUAGAUACUUUAUAUUGUUUUAAAAUAUGUAGCGGGCAAAUUUGU